GUGUGGAGCGGCAGCUUACAAUGGCAGUCGAUGUCGAUGCCGAUGCCAUAGCAUCUGCUGUGUUGGAUGAGUUUAGGAAACUCCCGGCUAAGCGCAAGCCCGCUGUACGGGACAAUGGGCUCCGGGAAUGGGUGCCCAUGAGCGGCAUCGUCGUCAAAGGGCCGGAUUUUCUGAAAUGUGUGGCAUUGGCAACCGGCAUGAAGUGCCUCCCAGCCUCUAAGCUGGCUCAGGCCAACGGCGUCGCCCUCCACGACUGGCACGCCGAGGUUCUCGCCAUCCGCGCCUUCAACCGUUUCCUGCUGGACGAGUGUCGCCGCCUGGCCCAGGACAGCACCUACGAGUCCGAGUUCCUGCGGCGGCGAACGCGAGAGGAGCUCGCAACUAAUGCAGGCACGCUUACUGGCCCCUGGCACCGCCAGCCCUUCGCCUGGCGUGAGGAGCUCACCCUGCAUAUGUACUGCUCCGAAGCACCCUGCGGCGAUGCUUCCAUGGAACUAGUUAUGUCUUCCCAACCAGACGCCACCCCUUGGACCAUUCCCGCUUCCCUCUCCCCAGCGCCCUCCCCAACACCGCCACCACCACCAAACACCGUCACCACCACCACCACCGAGUCCCUCCUUCCAACCACAACCCCAACCCCAGCUCCAACCCAACCAGCCACCACCACCACCAGCACCCCUCUCCUCCUAGGCCGCGGCUACUUCUCGCGCCUGGGCAUCGUGCGGCGCAAGCCGGCCCGCCCGGACUCGCCGCCGACGCUGUCCAAGUCGUGCAGCGACAAGCUGGCGCUGAAGCAGUGCGCCUCGCUGCUGGGCGCGCUGGCCGCGCUGCUGGUCUCGCCGCGCGGCGCGUACCUGGCCACGCUGGUCCUCCCCGCCGCGCAGUACGACGCGGGCGCGUGCCGGCGGUGUUUUGGAGGUGGCGCGGGGGUUGCUGGGGCUGGGCCUGAUUCUAAUAGUUCUGGGGGUGGGGGUGGACUUGGUGGUGGUGGUGGCGGUAGUGGUGAUACAAAAGCGGCGGCGGGGAGGAUGGCCGCGGUGAGCGGCCGGGUGUGGGAUGGGACGGGGUAUGGGUUCGUGCCGCUGCGGGUGGUCACCACGAAGAAGGAGUUUGAGUUCUCGCGCAGGAGCUUGACCGCGGCCGCGAACGGUGGCGGGGAGAUCAAAUUGGCGGCGAGUAACCUUGCGGUUGCGUGGACGAGGAACGGGGAGGUGGAGGAGGGCCUAAUCGGCGGAGUGCUGCAGGGCAGGAAGGCGUUUGACGUGAAAGGCGCGAGCCUGACGUCGCGGAGGAAGAUGUGGGCGGCUGCGGUGGAGGUUGCGGCGGCAUUGGGGGAUGAGGAGAUCGCAAGGGCACUGGGAAAGGAUACGUAUGACGGCGUGAAGGAGGGGCCACUGCUAGCAUCGAGGAGGAUCGUGAAGCAAGAGGUUCGAGAGGAAGCGCUUAAGGGAUGGCAGAGAAACGUUGGAGAUGGUAACUUCCAUCUCUGAUUAUGUCCCAGCCCCCGCAUCGCAUGCUCGUGCAGCAAUGCAUAUACUUGGCACCCUUGGAGCUAUCACCUCC